UUCUGAAACACAACACAGCGCAAACACACGGACUCAGUGGGAAGAGCUCCAGCAGUUUCACUGACGGACUCUUCACCACUCACAGCGAGACGGCUGUCCUCAACACAUCCUCCUCCAACAGACUGCAGUACAGCGCUCUCUCUCUCUCUCUCUCUCUGUGAAGAGAAGUGCAGAGCUCACUCAGACUCAGUCAGCAGUGAACAGAACACACACAGGGAAAGCCAGUCAGCCUAACUAUACCCAGGUUUUCAGUUCCUCUGCUCGUUCUGGGCUGAAUGUGUCGGUGGAGGCUCAGACACGGAGCUGGAAAUGGAUGUGCAGAGACUGAAUGAAAGUCGUUCCGCGGUGUGGGAGUGCGCUGCUAGCGCUGGAGCUACUGCAGAAAACUCCUCAGCCACACUGGAGGUGAACGGCACCUGUAGCAACGCGUCCAUAGCAGCCCCCAAACUCCAGCCCACUCGACAGAGAGGUAUCUCAGUGAGCAUUUCUACCUUCAGUCUGGUUGCCAUAGCAAUCGAGAGAUACAGUGCCAUCUGCAACCCGCUGACAUCCAGGGCAUGGCAGACCCGCUCACAUGCCUACAAGGUCAUCGCUGGUACCUGGGUGUUGUCUGUGGGCAUCAUGAUUCCAUACCCGGUCUUCAGCACGCUGGUGUCCUUUCACAAACCCAACAACACCACCGCCCACAUGUGCCGCCUGGACUGGCCCAUGAGCCAAGUGGAGCAGAUCUGGUACGUCCUACUGCUGUUUAUUCUAUUUUUCAUCCCAGGUGGGGUAAUGACCAUCGCUUACGGCCUUAUCUCCAGAGAGCUCUAUCGAGGGAUUCAGUUUGAGCUGGAGCAAAAGAAAGACAGUAGUGCACUGACAAAUGGAAUGAAUGGCACUGUGUCCCGUGGCCACGAUGAUGGUGAUGGUUGCUACAUCCAGGUGCCUAAGAAGGCUCCAACCAUGGAGCUGUCCACACUUAGCUCUUCAGCCCCCAAGACAGACCGACCACGUAGCAACACCUCAGAAGCCAAACUGCUUGCCAAGAAACGUGUGAUCCGCAUGCUGAUCAUCAUCGUGGUCAUGUUCUUUGUCUGCUGGAUGCCCCUCUAUGCAGCAAACACCUGGAGAGCCUUUGACCAGCUCUCAGCAAAGCGAGCCCUGUCAGGAGCUCCGAUCUCCUUCAUCCAGCUGCUGUCAUACACCUCGGCCUGUGUCAACCCCAUCAUCUACUGCUUCAUGAACAAGCGCUUCAGAAAGGCUCUGCUGGCCACCUUCGCCUGCUGCAGUCUGCCUUGUCAGCGCCGCAAGAGGAGGGACGGUGACGAGGACGUCACCGGGGUCACUGCAGCAUCCAUGUCAAAAUUUAGCUACACUACUGUUAGCACGGUGGGACCAUGCUAAGUCUUAAGUGGGGGGCUCGUCCGGGAUCAUUAUGGCAAAGCUUUCUUGUUCAGUGCACUGUUUUGUUGUGAGAUUUGUCUCUGGCUUUGAUCUUGUGUUCUCAGUCUAUACAGCAUGCUUUAGCUGGUGAUUAUCUGCUGUUAUUGGACUUUCUGUGUUGGAAGGUAGCUUCAAAUAGUUGUUUGUGUUUCCAAAGUAUCAAUGUUAGAACUCAAAAAGUGACAAAAAGCAUGAAGAAGGAUACCUAAAGUAUCAACAUAAGAAAGAAUGCAGAGGUUGAACCAAGUCAUAGAGCUCAUUCAGACUGAUGCUCACAUGGUAUUCACAAAAACUAUGGACAGAUCCUUAGAAAACAAUCUACCCUCAGACACUGUGCUGCAAAGGAAAAUCAUGUAAAUACCCUGUUAUUCCUACUGUGAUGUAAUAUUGUUCAUUGCAUGAUACAAUCUAUAAAUAAUAGAGCACUCUUGUCUUAGGUCACCUACAUAAUGGCUACAAAAUGGUACAGUCAUCAUUGAUUAGCAUGCAUGGUUGUGAUGUUUCCGUUAUUGUUAAAUGUUUAAUCCGAAACCCUUAAGGAUGAAAAGUAAUCAUGCAGACGUUGUUCGUAAAAAAGAUUGGGGACGGUUUGCCCAAUAAAUCAUGUUCGUGAAGCGAAGACAACAGUUGAACCUCUGACCACCAAGUGCUGUGAUGCACAUGGCCAAGGACAUGGGUGUUAUUUAUUUAUUUAUUUAUUUACUUUUAAUAUUUCAUGUUUAUGUACACUCUAUAUGGCCAUUUUCCACCUAUUAGCCCUCAUCAUAGGAUGCUGCCAACUGGGAGGGUAAGCGAGUAUAUGCUUCCUCCAAGACAUGUGAAGCCAGCCACCUUUUUGAACUGCCACCAAUGCAGUUUCGUUAGACAGCUCGACACAUUUGAAAGAGAACGCUAGCUGCCAAUUCUGUUAUGUCAACUAACUGAUGCCCAAGUUUGCCAGCGUCAUGUAGUGUGAUGGGCUAGACCAGGGGUGCACAAUUCUGGUCCUGGGGUGGAUGAUGUCAAGCACAGUUGGGUAGUUCUCUAACUCAAACACACUCAUUUAACCGAGCAAUUAACAGAUGAGAUGAAUCAGGUGUGGUUAAGAAGGUAUAUCACCAAAUUGUGCUGGACACCAGCCCUAAGGGACCUGACGUUGUACAGCCCUGGUCUAGAGCAUCUUACCUACCUGGAGAAAGCGAGGUCAGUUAUGCCACAUAUGGCUGUGGUAUCACUUGUGACCAGACUCACAUGGCUUAGACAAGUGGAACCACUCAGGAGCCUUUGGUCAUUUUAUACAUCAAGAUAACUCAGUUGUGAGUUAUAAAUGCCACCAUCAAAGUGUUGACUCUAUCGUUGGGAGAGUGCAAGUUCGGUCUCUCUUCCUAUUGGACAGUCAGCAACUUAAGGAAGUUGAGCCUCAAUCCCAGUGUUUAGGACAACAUGAUUUAUGAGGGUAAGAAGAACCUUUCUAAAAUUUAAAGAGCUUGGACAUAAUCUGAAAGUUCUGAACAUCCAAGCCAAGAACCAUUUAGAAACCUUUUUUGAACCAGGUUGAGCCACAGAAUUUAAUCUUUUACCUCCAAAGUUGUAAGUGUGCUAAUCUUGAGACUUUUUAGUCUGUAGAUACUAUGAAUUAUUCACUGUCUAUUCUGAAGCUGAUGUUGGGGGAGUUUAUGUUCUUCGGUUUGCCCUUUUUGAGCCGGGCUGAUGCUCCAAGUUGCCAGAUUCUGUAUAUCAAAUUAUGAUGAGCUCUGUUAUGGGUCUGUGACAUUCCUCAGGGAGACACGUCUCAGUCCCAGGUCCAUGUCUUUGAUGCAUAUCUCCCAGCUCAUUGUUCUUGAAGUUCAGCACACAGUGAAAUCAAUUCCGUUGCUUAAACAAGAGACAGAGAUGGAACCCAUCUUAAGUCCUUGUCCAAUCCAUUAUAAUUCACUGUUCUACACUGCCGUUCCGCAUCAGAGGCAGCUGCUCAUUUUUUGAAAGGCGCUCACUCGUCUCGAGCAAUUUUGCUUUGGGGAAAAAUGAAACACAGGAAGGAUAAUAAACUGCGGGGGGAUGUUCUUCUCCACGACCCCAGUGGUGGUGUCUAAAUCCACACUAUUUAAAUGCACACGGAACAUCAAAAAAUCAAAAUGGCUGAUUUGCCUGUGUGUGGUUGUUUAAUUGCUUUCUUCCUCAUUGUACAGGCUGAGGAGGCACCUGGGACAGUUGUGGUCUCUCAAAGCCUCAAAGCCUUCUCUGAAUAUAUGAAAAGCAAUCCGAGUGCCUGUUUGUAGUGAGGUUAAUGCAUGUAGAGAGCCCUCUUAUCUCAAUUCCUAUCUGAAGAUGAGAUUUAAAAAAAAUCGGAUUUGCCUUGGCCUGCAUUUUCUUUGAUGAGAUGAUUUAACUGCACUGCACCACUGCAGUGUUUCAUUCUAACUUUAUUCCUCACUUUUAAAGGCAAAUCUCAUUUUGAUCUUGUUUCUCAGAAUCUUAAUUACAGAACAGAUGCCUGUUCAUUAUGAAAGAACAAUUUUACUCCUCGGUCCCAUAACUUACCCAUAAAUUACAUGUUAAUUACAUAGUAAUUACCAAAGAAUUCACACAUUAACCCUGAAUCCAAGAUUAAGGCUUAUUAUUCAGCAACCACAUGGACUAAAAUGCACUUUGGACCCACCGGUGGGGUAAAUAGGUGUUAAUUACUGAAUAAAAGCCUACACUUCUGAAAAUAAAGGUGCCAGAAUGGGUUCUUUGAAAUGAUGCCCUUCAGUUGAUGGUUUAGGGAACUGCAAGUGGUUAGUCUGUGAAGAAUCCUUUUUUGUGCCUUUAGCCCUGCAUGAUAUGGGUAGCAUAGUAAAAUGAUAUUGUGAUUGCAAUAUGCCUUACAGUAUAUUAGAAAACACACUGAGGAACUUUUGACUGGUUCACAGAUGGAAAAGCACUAUUUCAUUUGUGAAAUUUACUCUCUUUAGAUUAUUUAUGGUUGUUGGAUUACACCUACCUUCGUUGGUCCAAAUCUGGAACUGUGAUUGGUCGGGAUGCUCACGCUGCCCAAUAAAACAUUUAGUGAUUAAAGGGAUUAAGUGCAAAAAUCAUCAAUAUUGCCACGAUUAAAAAACGAUGUACUUUGGCGCCCUCAUUUAAUUGAUCCGCUUCUCGAGUAAGCCGAGUGCAGAGCACAGAGUAAACACUGAUAUGUAAUGUAGUCCUACCUCGUGGUGAAGGACAUCAUGAAAUAAUUUUAAUUGUAGUUUACGGCUAUUCCCGCUCUCUCCCUCCAUCAUUCACAUGUGCGUAAUCAGAUGGAACGCAGCAGAUCUGGACCGGAAUUCAUAAUUCAAACUCAUUUACCCUGCCUAUGCCGUACACUGAGCCCACGCUUGCAUUCCCCCUCCCUCUCCACUCCUUUUCUCUCUCACACAUACACAGUCAGUCAGUCCUCUCUCUUUACUUCCUUAAAGACCACCUGUGUAUGUUGGUAGUAUGUAUGUGAUGUACAACUGCUGUUUCCCAGGUGGGGGAGUUGUCUCUCCAGAGGUGCUGCAAAGCUCCUUCUAGUCCUCCGGCCCUUGCUCUGAGGAUUUGACACGCUGAUUUGUCAAUCUGUUUCACUGGGAGCUGACAAAUAUAAAUUCAAUUUCCACGACUACGGCUCCUUCGUUCCGAAUAGGCCUUGAAGCAGAUCAAAAUUAGCUCAAAGUGACAAAUGGAGGGUCAAAUUGACAUAGACACCACCUGUGGAAAGGAUAACAAGAAAAUUAGACAUGCCUUAGCUGGAGUUUUCCACUACUUCAGGCAACAAGCAAGGACUCGACAGUAAGCAAAAAUCUGUGGUCACAGUUCAAUUUAAUUUGUACUAUAGUGGUCCUGCAGUUAAAAAUGAAGGUUCCUAAAUGGUUCUUGAAGUCUUGAUAGUUGUACAACCUUUGCAUUGCGUAGAGGUUUGUUAAACUUUAAGUAGGUUCUUCACUUACACAUCUCAUUGACAAAGAUGGUUCCAGAUCCAUCCUUGGGAGGUUUUUUAGGUAACCAGACAUAGUUCUUUUAUGGUACCACACUGAAGCAGCAUUAUUCAAUUCCCUGCUGCGUAACUAACGUGUAAUUACACAGUCAUAAAUCAAAUUACUAUUCACUACAAUUGGUAAUAUGUAAUGAAUAACCAGUUGUUUAGACAAUGUUUGUUCAUCUUUCACCAUGUGCUACUGGGGCAGUAUGUCAAAAAUAUCAUACACUUAUUGCUUUGGAAUUUUGCUUUAGAAUUCUUCUUGCUUUUGUCUAAUUACUUAACUAAAUUUUCCAAAAGUAAAUGCCAAAACCAGCUUAUGGAAACUGCACCAAACUCAACAAAAAAACCUGCUAACCUCUUAAAAUGUGUUUACCAAAUGAUGUGCAUAGUAAUACUGCAAUACAGUCAGCAUAGAGCGCUGUACACUUAUCACCCAUGUAUUCAUGUAGCCUACAGUUGCCUAUUACUGUUAACAGUUUACUGUGUAUGUGCCUUUGCAAGUGUGCUUGAAAACAACGAGUGUUUAGAAGUGCGCUAUUGAGCUGACGCUCAGCUCUUCACGUUGAAGCAUGGUCGCUGAGUGAACAGCUUAGCGAGUAGCUUUUAGAAUAAAUCUACAAGCAUUUUUUUGAAUGACAAUGCUUAGCUAAUGACAAUAAAAGGUGUUCUUUAUGUAAAUAGUGUUAAUUGCUAAAUUACUGCUGUUGAACCUCAAUUAUCUGCUGACACUAUACUGAUAGCAGCCUCUAGCUGCUGUAUGUAGAAAUUGUUCUGUGUAGAAAUUAGCUUUGGGUCGGUUUAGAGUAUGUUAAAACAUAUAUUAGAGCAAGAGUUUUUGAUAGAAUAAUCUAUAAUAAUAAUUCAUGUCUUAAUAAAAACAAAUGAUCUGUUUUUGUGUGUAUAUGGUCAUGUAUGGUAGGUACAGAUUUUAGGCCUAUUCCUUCAUUUCCAUGUUUACUUUUUUGUAGUUGGGUUUUUCUCUGCACGUAUAUCGGGCUGGGUUUUAGAUUUAUAGCUGAAUAAAAAGACUUGCAGAAAUACAAUAUGAAUAAUUCACUGUAAACUCAUUGUUUAUUUAUAGUGUUGGACAAUGUGGAAAAAAUGCAGUUAAGUGUCUGUAAACUAAGCAUCCAAAGAGUAGCCAACAGUCUGGUGAUUUCAAAGGAGUCAGUGGAUUGUAGGCCAUUGUCUAGUUGUAUUCAAACCUGAAUUGCUAUUGAGACAGUGAUACUGGGGUUAAAAAUGGAGUUUAUUUGGCUCUAACACAGUCUCUCGGCCACCGUAGCCUUAAUAGAGUGAGCGAGCGUGUGCGGGUUGGUGUGUUUACCAGGUGUCAUAGUGCCAGAUCAUUCUUUCCAAAGCAGGCCGACCCGAGGCGGUGUUCAUUAUUGGUAAUUUAUACGUUGAUUAGUGCUAAUGCUGACUUGUGUUCAGUUGUUUGUGUGUUGAAUCUUCAUGUUCCACCAAUUUUCCGCUAUGUAAAAGUCAUACCGCUUCCAGCUCCUCAUCUUGUCCCCUCCUGCUUUGGAUCCAUAUUGCCAGUCUGUGUGAUUAAUAUCAUUCUGCGAUUGGGAAAAUAAGAAUAUUUUUCCUCAGGUGAAGACACAUUUUUUUUUUUUAGUAAUUCAAUAGUCCUUCAGAAGGAACAUACGGUAAUGAACGGUAGUUACGCAAAUGAAAAAUGGCCCACUUCAGCUGCAGUGUAAAGUUGUUUACAAGUAAUCUGUUCUCAUCGCUGCUCACACUCUUGUCCAUUAUUUUGUGGCUUCUGGUGCAGUAGGUGGAGAAUUACCGGGGCAGUUUUAGCCUGCAUGACUAGUCAAAUUGACACUUUGCUCAAAAUACAUUUUUACUGCUAUAACUACAGUGCAGUGCAAAAGCCAAAGAGCACUCUUCAUUUGAUUUACUUUCGGUGAAAAACACUCAUCAUUUACAAAUGAUUCAUUUUUCAAAAGAAAAUACACUUAACUCUCAACAACUGAAUACCAGGUUUUCAGUACUCACUGUCCACGCUGCCUUCAUUACAGCUGCCAUUCUUUUCUGUAGAUUUGUUUUCAGUUUUCCAAAGAGAUCUGUAGGGAUGUUUUUUUCCACACCUCCAAAGUUCAGUCUCAGAAUGUGGGGACAUCCUAUGCUUUUCACAAUCCAAGUAAUCUCAAGCAAAUUCAAUGACGUUGAGGUCGGGACUCUGGGAUGGUCAGCCCACUGUUCUGAGAACAGCUUCUUUUUUUUUUUUUAAUCUAUUUCCUCUUCUCAGUAACAGCUUCUUGACAGCUACACAUCCUUUCAGACUCACAGUGUUGAGUUGUCUUCUAACAAUGGAAGGAUGGACAGCUGUGGAUUUCAGAUCUGGAUCAAAAGUGGAGCUUGAUUUUUCUCCUCUCUCUCAGAGAUGAAAGCUUUAAGUACCGUUUAUCUCAUAGUGACAGUUUUGGUGGGCUAUCAGGUCUUGAACAGUUGUUGGGAGUUCACCAUUAAUUAUAGAAACUCCUGUUUUUCUGCCUGUUUUCUUUUGACUUUUUGUUUCCUUGCAAGUGGAUUAUUUUAUAUCUUAUCUCCUCAGAAAUGUCUCCUAAAAAAUAACUGGUGCUUAAAUGCAAUUUCACUGGAAAUGAAUUAACUUUAGAGCAGUCUCUGGCUUUUAUGUAGUGCUGUAUGUUACACAUGCAUCAGAUGAACAGAGUCAACAGGCCCAUACACACUUAAAGGAUUAGUUCAGUCAAAAAAGCUAAUGUUGCUAACCAUGAAUGAAAGCAUAUAGCCAACAUGUAGCAUUGUGGAGCUUGUAUUCAUAGUUAGUCACAUUAGCAUGUUUGAUCAAGCUAUUUCUUUUAACAGUUUCCUUCCAUAAACUUUUUUUUGCAUAUUUUACUCAUUUUACUUAUGAAUAGUUCCAGAUAUUGAUGGCACUUUGAUUAGUUUUUAGAUUUUCUAAUAUUAAGCAAAUAUUGAUUGCAUAUUGACUGAGCAUAUUUUUGUCCAACCAUGUAACAUCCAAACUUUUACAACUGUCUUUGACUACUGUUCAUGAUAAAUUAGACAGAAAAUGUGCUUUGUAUAUGUAUAUGACUACUAUCACUGCCAUACUUCUUAGCAACAACUGUGUGACAGUCUCUGUCAUAGCCUCUGUUUCUAAUUCUGUCAAAUACAUGCUUGGAAUUCAAGGAGCAGUUUUGUUAUGUAUAAAUGUCUGUGUAUUGUUGAGGUCAAGCUAAAAUAAAGCCUACAUUGUAGAAA